GUUGUUCCGUGCAUUUAGUAUCCUUGACAUAACUUUCUAAUCCAUGUAUCCCUGCUGCAAAAUGGUCUGUGACUACUUAGUAAUCCGAGGUGGCUGCAGAUUUGAAUUGAAAUUACCGUUAGGGAAUGCUUGUGUGAAUACAUUUUGAAAUUGGUUUGUUUAUUUUCAUUCCCGUAGAUAAUUAUGGGUGCCAUUUUAAUUUGCAGAUAUUGUAUAAUUUUAAAUUAAUAAGAGAUUGUGCUUUGAUAGAAUUUUCCAGUUGGAGGUCUGAAUUCAUUCGUUUCUAUCAGUAGGAAAUAAUAAUUAUGAUGAAUAGAGUUACAUUGAAUCGAAUAUUGGGAAAUAUCAACCAAGAAUGUCAAGCAAAGGUGGAUGAAGUAAGAGGAAGCUUUAAGGAAAAUCUACAGUGGCUUUCUGAAAUAUCUUCAGAAAUUGAAAAAUUCACAACAAAAUCUGCCUUCUUGCUGCCAAAGACUCCAUCUGUUAAAAGAAAACUGAGGAAGAGAGGACCUAUAGUUCCUAUUCCUGAAGGUGAAGAAGUCAAAGUUGUAACAUCAGAAAAGGUGGUGAGUCCCCAUACUUCGUGUGAAAUGAGAGUCCUUCGCACUCGCAGUACGCAUACUCGAGGUACUUUACAAAGUUCGGAAAUGGUCAGUCCUGUUAUAAGUAAGAGAAGUACAAGAAGAGCUUUUAAGGAUGCGGGUAAGAAAAUAACGGAACAGAUAAAUAUGAGUCUCAUUACAAAAAUGCGUCAAUCUAUUGAUGGUGGGCCUAGUCACGAAACACAAGUGAAAAAACAUGUUUCUUCAGGUGUAAUAGUGGAGGACGAUCAGCUUCCACGAAAAAAUAGGCGGUUUGAUGUGAAGGAGUCUGCACUGCUAGGGGAUAAAGCUGUAAACAGUAAAGCAGAAGAUGUUAAUGUGGAAUCCAGAUUACUUCCCCAGGUUAAAAGACUUAGAAUGGAUUCCAUUACUGACACAAUAUCUGCUAAGAGAAAUAAAAAUGAACAAGUAAUAGUACUGGACAGCCCUGAUUGCGUUUCGUCAUCUGUUAAUGAUGAGUGUCUUGAAAGUCUGAAGGUACAGCAGAAAUCACCAACAUCUGAGUUUGGUGAUACUGCAGCGACCUCAACUGUAAAGUUGGCAACAUCUCCGAAGGAGAUUUCCAGUGUCCUUGAUGAUGUGGCAGUAAAGUUUGCUGAUUCUGUUGAACCUAUGAAAUCUGUGUGUAGUUCACCUGUUCAAGAGGUAGAUUCACUCACAAGCGAUGAACCGCAAGCAGAUAGAUCAUGUAUUCGUUCCCCCCCUGAUGUAUUAAAUGGGAAAAAUAAAAAUAAAAGCCAUAUUGUUAGAAGUAAUUCUGUUCAUGGAGAAAAAGGGACUGAACUAUCGCCUUGUGUAGCAGAAGGUCAUUGUGAUAUGAUUUCUGAAGAAGUGCAAGAGAAACUAUCAGAGAAAGAAAUAUCUGUUAAUGAAAAAGAUAAAAUUGGAAAUAAUGUAACAUUUACAAAAGAUUCAGAGAAGCUGGAGAGGAAUGAUGUUUCUGCCAGGUUUGUGAAUGUUACCGAGGCUGUUGAUCAGCCAAACAGUGAAACUGAGGCAGUUCCAGAGCAGCUGGCCAUGUCACAUUCAAGACCUACUCUUCGGAGUUCUGCAACCAAGAUGGUGACAACACAAAAGUCUGUGUUCAGGCCUUUUGCUAAUGAGCCAGUUCGAGAACGGGUCGCAGCGUUUGAAAGGUUGCGUACUGUAAGUGAAGAGCCUGUGGAACUGGUACUACCAAAGCAACCAGAGCAAACAAUGAGAGUGACCCGAACAAAAACAAGAGCGAUGGUGAAAGCAGCUGCUGAGUCAGCUCACACAAACCAAGAAGUUGUGACUGCUUCAACUGAAGUACCCCAGAAUUCACAUGCUGAAAUGUGGAAGGCGUCCCGAAAGUCAGUGGCUAAGGCAAAGAAGAUAUGUGUUGCGAGAGAAUGUCGAGAAAAGGAAAAAAUUGAAGAAUUUGAAUUGAGUAAAGAGAAUUCCAUGAGUUCAUUUUCAGCAUCGAAGUUCACUACUCCAUAUGGAUUAUACAACUAUGAGAAAUAUCGAAAGACACCACUUUCAUCAAGUAAUAUUAGCAACACAAGUGCAAAUUCUGGUUCUCGUGCCUUUCCUGUAGGAUCUUUAUCUAAAGGGCAUUACUUGGUAAACAAACAACCUGGUAAUCUUGUAGUUGGGUUAGAUUCUUUUUUGACUAAGCAAGCUGUGAAACCUACACUGGAUGAUAUUCGGGAAAUGAAGGAAGAAGAAAUGAAACGUCGUAGAGAGAAAGAAGAAGAAGCUAGGAAGAAGAGAGAACAAAAGGUGAAGGAAAAAGUGGAAGAAAAACGAAGGAAGCGUGAGGAGAAAAUGCAGAAAGUUUUGAAAGCCCGAGAAGCCCUUGAGAAGCAGAAACAGGAUGCAGAAUUGCGCAUACAGAGGGAGAAAGAGGAGAAACUGAAACAAGUGAUGCAGGACCGUGAAGAAAGAAUUAAGGAACAAGUCCAACAGAAAAAGCAACAUGCCCAGAAAAAGGCAGCAGAAAUUGAAGAGCGCAGAAAACAAGAGGAAGCAGCUCGUUUGGCCAAACUCAAGGAACAGGAAGAAGAGCAGCGCCGUCUUCAAGCAGAGCGUAAAAAGGAGCAGGAAGAUGCAGAGAGGCAACACCUGCAACGUUUGGCUGAGGAGAAGGAAGCUGCGGCUUUCAGGGAGCAGCAGGCUUUAGCAGUAGCUCAGAUGCAAGCUAAGCUCCUGAAGGAAAAGCAAGCAAAGGAAAAGACUGAAGCGAAAGGGAAAGGUGUCCCAAGUAAAGCUGCAGUCAUGGACAAAACUUUCGAUAUGCUCCCUUCCAGCGCCAAUGUAAGCCAAGCCAAGAAGGCAGUAAUUCCAGAUGUAGAUGAUUAUGGAAUUGACUCAUCAGGAGCCUCCAGCGAGGAUGAUGAAAGGCCAAAGAGACCAAUUCCUUUCUGGGCAACUAACUUUUUUCUUGUUUCAGAAGCGGAACGUAUGAAAGUUCUGAAAAUUCAGGCCUGGAAGAGACAGAAAAUAUAUGAUGCCUACUUUGGCUCUGCGGAAAAAACACCAAACCUCACGAUGAUGUUUGGUGUGAAAUGUGUAAAAAGGACAUCAAGUGCAGUUUGGAGAACACCACCACGCUACAGCACUCUACCGAAGUAUUAGUCAUUGGGUUCAAGCUCUACAUUUAACUUAAUAAAUGAAAUUGAAGGACCCCAAUCCCCAAAAAAUAACAAUAGAUAAAGCUCUCACAAAACUUAAGUGGUAAUUUUACUGAUUGUAUACCACUUGUUCUUCAUUGCAUUUUGAAUUCUAGUGGUCCAAACUUCCAAGAAAGUCAUAUGAAUUAGCUCUUUGUUAAUCCUGUUUGUUUUAAACGUUAGGAUAGUUCAGGAUGCUUAUAUGUGUAAAAAGUUUCAUGUGUAGAUUUGGUCUCACAAUUUCAGUAGUAUUCAAGUGCUUGAAAAAAUGAUAAACAUACCAGUACAGUGGAAGUCCCCUUUAAUGUUUCUCCAGAUUUGAAUAAUGGAUCUGAGAGAAGCCCUAAUUGAAGGGAACUUAAGGUGAGAUAAUGAGGGUGGAGCUAAAUUUGAGAAAACAAUAAACCAAGAAAUGUUAAAUGGGAUUUGAGCUGUUGUCAUUCAUCAGACACUAAGAAUUUGUAGUUUUAGGGAUAUAUUUUAUGGUAUGAAUGUCAGUGAAAUUGUCUAGUAUAUCUGUAAUAGUUCUAUAUCAUGUAAUAUUAAGAAAGAAUAAAUUAUGAUUGUGGAUUAUUUAAAGAUAAUGUUUGUUAACUGUUUAUCAUUGCAGUAAAUAACAAACUCAGAACUUGUUAUAAUAUGCUGCAUGACAAAAGGGGUAAAAGGAUACAAUUUGUCAUUCUUGGUAGUAACUGCUAAUGUUUCUAUGUUUUGGGGUUUUCACAGUGGUGACUGCUCAGAUUAUGCUGUUCUAUGUUAUGGUGGUGUAGCCUUGUAGGCAACUUCAGGGGUGGCAUGUAGGAGGAGCCAUUGGUUAUGUUGUAAGGAAUGUGUUCACUCAGGCCCAUGGGGGCCAGAUGGCUCCACCUUCCUCCCUCCUUACUACCUGCGUAUACACAGUAAACUUAUGGUUAUCUGUCAUGUAUGGGGAAUGGGGUGUAAUUUACUGAAAAAGAAAACUUACAGACCCCCAACACAGUAUUAAGUACACAGUGAAAGAAAGGCACAAAAUUAAGUUCACUGCAGAUUAAUAAGACAAAAUAUUUGGAUAUACUGUAACUUAAGAACAAAUUCAGUUAACUUCUGGAACUGCAUCAGAAAGAAUGAAGGGAAGCACUGUUUGUGGUGGCAGGUGAACAUAUACAUGUUUGCAGCUUUUUUUUUCUAAUUUCCUUUUGAAAUUGUUGCUAGUGGCAUGAGAAUUUUGGAUGCUUUGAUACUGAAUAGUGGGGAGUUUAGUGUGAUAGUCCAACAGAUUCCUCACCCUACACACUUCACCUGUGGAGAUGGGGGCAACAUGUUUCUCAGAAAUAUCAGUAUUAUCCUACACAACUAUUUUUACUGAUUGUGAUGAUCUUGGAUCAUGUCCUUUUGCUUCAUGUUGUGCAUGUCAGGAUUAAUUGUUGGCAUAAGCUAACCAUUGGGAUAUAUGAGUCUUGUUCGCUGGAAUUUGUAGACUCUGUAAUGUGAAGACUGAUGCAUGUAGAUGUGUAGUCAAGUGUGUUCAGUGUACAGCUGGGAGGGCACUGCAGAACAUUUUAAUUUUCUGUGGUGUAGUACAGUGUUCUGCUAUAGUAACUCUUUGUUCAGUUCAGUUCUAUAUUAUUGUCACUUAUUAUUAGCUCAAUUUAAUUUAUGUGGCCUUCCAUAAUUUUUAAAUUUCUUGAGAAUAUUUGUUUCUCCUCCCAGAGUCUUUUGUCCAAAUUUGAAGGCAAUGUUUUCUUUUGUCAAGGAAACUCUAUAGAGUUAAAGAGUUUUAUUGCAGUUUGAAUAUGAUUUUAUAGCAUGUGUCAUAUUUUAAAUGUUGAACUGGAUUUGUCUGCUGUGAAAUAUCAUAAUUGUACGUUUAAAUUCUUCUUUAUUCUUUACCCAGUUUGCUUCUCUUUUUCUUCCUCUUCCAUUUUUCUCUUAUAUUAUGAAUUCUGUGAAAUCUGGUUUUAAACCUUUACGUGUGUUUGUGUGUGUGUAUAUAUAUAUAUUUUUCCAAGUUAUAUAUUUUGAAUUUGUUUCAUAUGCUAGACAUGUGUUGCUCCAUGCUCAUGUCCUGAACAAUUUUCAUGCUGCUUCAGGAAAAAUGUGUGAAGAUAUAAGAUCUGGGUUGGUUGGUGAACUGCCUUUAUUGUAAAUGAGAUCAGUAAAGUUACAGAUGGGAUGGUGAACACAA